AGGCGCAGAUGUUUGUCGUUUAACCGCCGUGGUGAAUUCAGCUAACUACACAGAGAGAGGGGGCGCAGCCUUAAAUAUUUCUCCAUCGAUUAACUUUAUUGCCUGACAGGGUUAAGACGUAACUUUUUGAAGGUUUAAGUCCUUUCGGACAGCGGCAUUACCCGAGGCAUAGCUGUUAGUAGUUAGCUAACGCUGGGACUCUUUACAUUAUGCUAUUUAAUCUUAUUUAAUGUGUUUGACCGUUAAAUAAGAGGAACGGGGAACAAACUAACACCAACACAGAGUAUCUCCUGCUGGGUGAGGGACGUCCAGUCUGUCCAUCGGUCCUGUAGGAGCAGCUCCAGAGGGUGAUCUGUUGGAGCGGCUGGGAGUCAGGAUGCCUCUGUUCUUCCGGAAGAGGAAGCCCAGCGAGGAUUCCCAGAAGAGGUUGGAGCAUCAGCUGUACUGGGCGAACCAAAAUGGAGCCGGCGACAUCCUGGACGUCUCCGGCUGCGAACUGGCAGAGCUCCCGUCCACGGUCUUCUCCAUCUGUAAGGUCCAACAGAAGAAGGUCCUGAUUCUCCACACCAACGAGCUGAAGCACCUGCUGCCCAAAGGAUAUGACAUCAUCUCCCUGUCUACCUUAAAGGUUUUGGAUCUGCAUGAGAACAAGCUCAGCUCUCUCCCAGAAGACAUUGGACAUCUGAUCAACCUGCAGAUCCUGAACGUGGAGAAGAACCGUCUGAAGAACCUACCGGACUCCAUCGGGAAGCUGCAGCUCCUGCAGACGCUCAACCUGAAGGGAAACUGUCUGACUGAGCUGCCGCCGGCCGUCGGCUCUCUGAGCAGCCUGCGGACCCUGGAUAUCAGCGACAACGACCUCCAGCAGCUCCCCAAACAUCUGGCCUACAUCCGCACCUUGGAGAGCUUCACUCUGGAUGCCGCUAAGAUGAGCUACCCGCCUGCAUCUGUAUGCGCAGAGGGAACGGAGAGCAUCCAGCGCUUCUUCUGCGAUGAGCUAGGAGAGGAGUACUGCCCUCCGUCUCAGUAUCUCCUGCCGGUUCUGGAGAGCGAUUGUGGCAAACAGAACUCGGACUGUUUGGAUGGACUGGAGGAGGCCUGGCAGAGCAAAUUCAACGACUAUGAGAGGAAAAAGGAGCAAAAGCUACAAGAGAAGCUGAAGUUUGAGCGCCACCUAGAGGAGCAACAAAGGGAGCACACUCAGCUGUUCCUCAUGAACAACUCCCAGAAGGACAACCUGCUGAAUUUAGUCCGACAGGAUCAGGAGCGUGCGCAGCUGGGCUUCAGCCAGCAGCAGAGGGCUCAGGAGGCCGAGAGGCAGCUGCUGUUGGAGAAGGUCCGGCAGGCCGAGGACAACAUCAGCUGCCGCAUCAGCAGUUUGUUGCUCGACAACAACAGGCAGAAGAAGAGCGCAGAGUUCCUUCAAGCGUUGGAGGAGGAUCGGAUCCGGAUGGAGCAGCUGACCGCCAUCACUCAGGAGGAGGCCGACUCACUGCGGAAGAGGGAUGUAGCAGCCGCCAUGCAGAAGAUGCUGUCAGACGGCUGCGCCAUGAGCCUCCUCCAGGAGGCUAGCGACAGUCGCAGACAAAGCCUGGUCUCCGAGGCCUGCAGGAGCAUGGAGGUUAUGGACAAGAAGUUUGACCAGAUGCUGUCGCUCCAGGUUCUGGACAAGUCUAAAGCCAUUGCUCAGAUCUUACAGGAGGAGGAGAUGCAGAAAGCUGCGUUUCAGGCUCUGCAGCUGCAGAAAGACGCGGUUCACGGUUACAUCCGCAACCAGAUCAAGCUCAUUGAGGCCGAACUCAUGCAGCUGACUAAACUGGAGAUUAAGAAACGCAACCUGGAUGCUGAGAACCUGCAGGACGUUCUGGUGGACCAGCGCACGGCCCUCGGUGAUUUACUGCAGAGCCUGCUGAAGCAGAGAGACCAGAGGGAGCAGGAGCUGCGGGCGGUUCUGGUGGAAAUGGAGAAGAAAUCCGACUCCAACGAGCAGAACUAUUGGAUGAUUCAGUACCAGCGCCUGCUGGACGCCAAGCCUCUGUCGCUGCGGAUGCAGGAGGCGGGUUUGGAGAAGGAGCUGGUGAACCUGCUGUGCAGACUGUCGGCGCAGCAGUACCUGCCCACCCUGGCUCACCAUCACAUCACCACCGAGACGCUGCGCCACAUGACGACCUCGGACCUCAAGAAGUUGGGAAUCAGUGAAGCUGGGAUCCAGAAAGCUCUGCUGAACUGGGCUCGGGAACGCCAACCUGCAACAAGAGCUUGUAAAGCUGUUCAGAAGGACGAGGAGGUGACCCCCACAGCUCCAACUCCACCCCCCUCUCCACUUCUCCCCAGCACCUCCACCAUGCUGACCCCCAGCCCACCACGAUCACCUCGGACCCCUGGGACUCCCGUCACCCCGUCGGCCCCCGCGCCCGUAGAGGGACCAGGAAGCUCGGAAUGUGUGGUCUGCAUGGAGAAGGAGUCUCAGGUGAUCUUCCUGCUGUGCGGCCAUGUCUGCUGCUGCCAGGUGUGCAGCGACGCCAUGCUGAACUGCCCCCUGUGUCGUGGCACCAUUUCCCAGCGCAUACGGCUCUACCACAACUAGAACCUGGACCAGAACCGGCUCGCCCUCUCCACCGACCACCUCUGUGUAUUUAUGCAUGAUCUUAAAGCUGCUGUGAGGAAACGUGUCGUGUCUCUAAUAAAAACACUCUCAGUGCUGAGUCACAGAACCACAUCAGAACCCGGAUGGUCCCAGAACCCCCGGUUCUAUCAGUUCCUGUGGAUUUUACUCACAGAAAGGGAGCAGUUUGUGCCUUUUAUCAUUCAACCUCAUUUAGUUUUUCUGCAUCUUUAGCCAAAGUAGCAACCCUCCUUCAUUUCUAGUGGCUCCACCGUCACUUCAAUGCCAUGUGGACAUCAUGUUAACCGUGUCAAAGGUCGUCUGAGUCGAAUUUAUCCUGCAUUUUAUCCCACUUUCAUCACUGUAGGGUUUAUUUUAGACAAUUAAUGAGAACCAUUUAUCUGUGAAUCUUCCUGGAAGCAAACAGGUUUAAUAGUAAAAAUGAAAACAGCUGCAUAAAGACACAAAAAGGGAGUUCCUCCAGUUUUAUAAGCUUGUUUGUAAUCACUUCAUGUGUUUUAUUCUUUGGGUGUUUUAACCCAAAUCUAAAGGUUUUAUUUCCCCUAAUCAGGUUAAUCCAGUAAAGCACUUUAAGUCAACAUUUUCAAGUCCAGUUUAUGAAUUAAUAAUAAUAAGGAAUUAGAUAUAGAGAGCUUUUAAAGAGUAAAACAUGCUUCUGUUAUUUAUCUUCACCCACAGAUUUUAAAUGUAAGUCCAUCCUGUUUGAAUCUAUGAGAACAGAACAAAAUCUUCUUUAAACCAGUUAAAUCCGCCAGUGUUUGAUAAUCUCCAGCAUGUCAUCAGUUACCAAACAGGGAACUGAACUACAAGCUGAUCUUAAGCAUCCUGACGCAACAUUUACCUCCUUUAUUGACCAUUAGAUGUUUGGUUUGUCCUGAUGUGUAAAACCUCAGAGCGCGGUCCGUCUGCGGCGUUCCUCUAUGCUGUUUCCUUCUAGAAAGUGCUCUUAUCUCUUCAGUGUUUUCCAGGAAAUAUCUGAACCAAAUGUAAAUGGAUCAGGCUGAAUGUUUUAGGAUAUUUACACAUCACUGUAAAGCUGGUAUUUAAUGCAACAAGACAAUAAACUCUACCUGUAACCCCC